AUGGCAUCAUUUGUGCAAGAGUUUGUCCUUACUAGCUCCCCUGAUGGUCGAAUCACUGCUUAUGAUGCUUACUCAGGUUCUAGCCUGGGUCAGUACAAUGGCAGUAGAACGCCUCGUAAAGGGCUAACCAUGAUCGGUAAGAAGCUGAUUGCUGCUUCUCAUGUUUGUUCAGAAACUGGCCUUGGCUCAGUUCACCUCUAUCACUGGUGGUACUCCGCUCCCUUCCAUCAACUCCCCAUGCCUGAACCUGUUGCACCCCUUGUUGCUACUCGAGACGGAUCGUAUCUCUUUGCUGGUGGUGUAUCUGGUCAUGUACACUCAAUCUCACUCCCUUCAGGAGAUAUAAUUCUGUCUGUUGCUGCCCACUCCAAAGCCAUAACCUGCCUGGAAAUCAAUGACGAUGGAUCACUUCUUUUCUCAGGCAGUGAUGACGGAACCAUUGCGGUGUUCCUUAUACAUCAGCUUGUGGAUUCAUUUUCUUCCAGAAGUUCAAGCUAUUCGCCACCACUGCAAAGAUUCGUUGGCCAUCAAUCUUCAGUAACGACCAUCACAACAGGCACCGGCGGAUGCAAUUGCACCAUAAUUUCGUGCUCGUCAGAUUGCACAUGCAAGUUCUGGGGCCUCAUGCACACAUCACCUCUCCGUUCAAUUACAUUUCCAUGUACAAUAUGGGAGGUGAAAGUAGACCCCCUGGAGUCAGAGUUCUAUGGUGCAGGAUCAGAUGGAUUGGUGUACAAAUGUGCACUUAAGGUGAGAUCCAGAAUGAUGAUGAAACAAGGACCUCAAUUGAUCACUUGGAAGAGGCAGCAUGAUGAUGCAAUCACAUCCAUGGCCACAAUGAACUGGGGAAAGAAUCUUGUUACAGCAUCAGAAGAUGGAAAUCUUUGCUUUUGGGACGUGGGACGAGGAGAUUUGAUCAAAGUUGUUGAUCAAGAGAAAACGGGAAGCAUCAGCAAUGUGAUGGCAGUAGCCGCAGGACUAAAUGGUCAUGUCAGUGCAGCUUUGGCUAGGAUGAGAAAAAGUGUUGCUGGUUUUGGUAGAUGGGAUUUGGGCUUCUCUGGUAAGAAGGACCUGUAUGUUCCAAUCACGGAGAUGAAGGAAAUGGAAGAGCAUUUGGCAGUUUCAGUAGUGGACAGGAAAAGAUCCAUUGAUACACUAGAAUUGGCCCUUGGAGCUUAUGAGAGAGUGUUGAAGCUCAUGCACAAGGAAGUAAAAGGAAGUGCAAGCAGCAGUAACAGUGCUGAUCAAGACAAAACCGAAGGCAACUAA